AUGGCCGCCGCCGCCGCCGCCGCCCUCCCGGCGCUCCUGGCGCUGCUGGGCGCCGCUCGGCUGCCCGGCCCGGCGGCGGGCAUGCAGGUGUGGGUGUCCAACCCCAGCACGGUGGCGCUGCUCUUCCAGCCCGUGGUGCUGCGCUGCAGCUACCAGAGCACGGCCAGCACCCCCCCCAUCGUCACCUGGAAGUACAAAUCCUUCUGCAGCCCCCGCCUGGGGCUGGGGGGGGGCUCGGCGACCCCCCAGGACCCCAACUCGGCCACCUCGGACUCGGCCACCGCCUGCCCCGACUCCGCCCGCACCGUCCGCAUCGUGGCCACCAAGCAGGGCAACGCCGUCACCCUCGGGGACUUCUACCAGGGCCGCAGUGUCACCAUCACUGACGGAGCGGAGCUGAGCCUGGGGCCGGCAGCGUGGGGGGACAGCGGGGUCUACGUCUGCACCGUCACCUCUGCCCAGGACCUGGAGGGCAACAACGAGGCCGUGGCCGAGCUCGUGGUGCUGGCGUCCCUCCCGGAGGCCACCGAGCUCUUGCCGGGCGCCCAGCUGGGGACACUGCCAGACUGGCUCUUCGUGGUGCUGGUGGCGCUGGGCGCGGCGCUGGUGGCGCUGGUGCUGGGGCUGUGCUGGUGCCAGUGCUGCCCCCACACGUGCUGCUGCUACGUGCGCUGCCCCUGCUGUCCCCAGCGCUGCUGCUGCCCCGAGGCCCUGUACCUGGCGGGGAAGGCGGCCACCUCGGGGGCGGGCAGCGUUUACGGGGGGCUCUACGCCCCCCCCAAGGGCCCCCCCCCAGCUGCCAUAGCCCUGGGACCCAUCGGCAACGGCUACAGCUACAGCGGCGCCUCAGUGAGCGGUCACAGCUCCCAGGUGCCCCUGCUCCGUGACACAGACAGCAACCUCGGAUCAGGCGUCCCCGCGCCCCCCGCCUCCAUGCGGGUCCUGCGCUACCUCGAGGACGAGCUCAACGCCUUCGAGCCCCGUGGCCGCUACCCCCCCUCGGGGGCAGGUGCCCCCAGCGACAUCAGCUCCCUGCACGAAGCCCCUGAUGCCUGGGUCCCCCGGGGGCGCCCCGCAUCCCCCCCCCCGCAGCCGCUCCCCGCCCCGGGGCCGCUGGCACUCGGUCGAGGAUUUGGGGAGCUCCAGGGGGGGCUCGCCGCCCCCCUCCCGGCCCCGCUCCCGUUCCCGUGA